AGAAGCUUUUCUAAAAUAUUUUCUGAUUUUCUGUGCCCAGUGGAAGGAACAGGUGCACAGCAGUAUGGUGGUCAGGGAGGAGAGAUCACCCUGACCCCCUCGAUGUCUGGAUAUAUUGAAUACAUCCUGUGGAAACACAAUGGAAACAAGGUGGUAGUGUUUGAUGGGAGCCAGAACAGGGAGUAUGGCAGGUAUAAACACAGGAUCAUCCUGGACUGGCACACUGGAGAGCUAACUAUCAGUGGUCUCACAGAUGCAGACAGUGGAUCCUACUUGUUAGAGGCAGUCAUCAACGGCAAGCUACAAGACUCACACCAUGAUGUCAAGGUAAUAGGUAAGUGUUUGUAUAGGUCUACAAGUCAAGUGUAUGUUACAGUGUGUGUACAGUAUGUCAGUAAGUGUGCAUGUAUCAUUAGGCCAAGCCCUAGUAAAAGGCCAAGUGUUGGUUGUAUAAAGCUGAAAACUACUUCUCACUUUUCUUAAGUCUACCUGGAGAGAGACAGAAAAAGGAAUACCUGACAAUGCUAUCCCCCACACUCAGUGUUUUUAAAGACUCUCAACCCCCUAUACUAACACUACUGUUACUCUUAUAACCACACUCCUAUUCUAGUCUUGUCACAAAACUAUCAUCAUUAAUGUUUACUUGUGCAGGUGUGAUAUAUCACAGUCUAUUAUUUUAAGACUGAAACAGUUUUGCUGGGUAUGUUUAGAUGUUGUGUCACAGCCCACCAUAACCUGUGUGGUCAACAACACAACCCCAGAGAACAUGGACAGAACCCUGCUGUGCUCAGCUGACCUCCAGCCCCUGACCCAGUUCAUCUGGAGGAGUCCUGGAGGGUCCGUGAGUCCAGGACCUGAACUGUUCAUACCUGGGGGGGAGAACCAGGAGUCUGUCUACACAUGUGUGGUGAAAAACCCUGUUAGUGAGAAAACUGCAGAGUUCACCCUGAAGGACUGCUACACUGGUAAGAUAACACUUCUAAACUGUAGUUACAGUAAUACACCGUACUCUCACUUUAAUUAUCUAUCGUGUUCACUAUUUGGAUGUAUUAUUUAAUGCUGCCAACACAUUUGCAUGAAAUAUAGAUUCUGUACAUUUAUUGAUAGUGCGAACAUGGUUUAGAUAGACCUAUAAUGAGAUUUAUGUGUAUAUAAUGUUAUAGUGAUCAUGCUAAACAUAUUUUUUUGCAGAUCCAUGAUAUUAAUAUAUUAGUCACUUACAUUACUAUAUAAUUCAUAGUGUUAUGACUGCUUAAUUCAUGUGUUAUUAAGUGUGGAAAUGCUGCUGAUCCAAGUUGUUUUAAUGGUGUUUCUGUGCAGAGGAAGGCUCAUCCAGUGUCCUGGCUGUGAUCCUGUCCAUCCUCAUCCUCCUCGUCUUAGUUGCCGUUCUGGUAUUAUUGUGGCGCUGGAGGAAAGGCAAGAAACGUAAGACCAUCCUAUGUCCUAUGACAAAAUCAGGCCUGAAGGCCAACCUUUACUUCCAGAUUUAGGAAAUAUAAGGGGCAUAGUUCAGUAUUAUGGGAGGAAAAGCCCCUCAUUCUAAUGAUCUGGCUAGACCAGAGUCAAUCCAUUUCCUCUAUACUACCCUGGCGUGUGCUGAGCUUUCAGAUGAUCACGGUGCCAGUGACACCAGCUGACUUGUUACAAGGUCGUUGACCUUGGAUCUGAGAUUAGAGAUUAGAGUAGAGAAGAGGAGAGAAAAGAGUACAACCAGCAAACACAGCAAAGUACAUACAUAGUCUUUCUGGUUAGACAUAUAAAUGAUACAGGAUGUUUACCCACAUCUCUUCCCUAUGUCUAAUUCUGUCCUUUAUCCCUCUCGUCUUUUCCACUCUGUGGUGGAUGACCAGCGGCUGAAGCUGCACUGAGAAAAUCUGAAGAGGAGGCGGGGCUGAUGGAAGUUACAGUACAAGGUUGUUUAGCUGAAUAAAUGCCAUUUUGAACUUGAGGUCUAUUGCUAUAGACUUCGUUUGGACAUCACAUACACUACCGGUCAAAAGUCUUAGAACACCUACUUAUUCAAGGGUUUUUCUUUAUGUUUACUAUUUUCUACAUUGUAGAAUAGUAGUGAAGACAUCAAAACUAUGAAAUAACACAUAUGGAAUCAUGUAGUAACCAAAAAAGUGUUAAACAAAUCAAAUACAUUUUAUAUUUGAGGAAAGCAGCCAACAAGUGCUCAGUAUAUGUGGGAACUCCUUCAAGACUGUUGGAAAAACAUUCCAGGUGAAGCUGGUUGAGAGAAUGCCAAGAGUGUGCAAAGCUGUCAUCAAGGCAAAGGGUGGCUAUUUGAAGAAUCUCAAAUAUAAAAUAUAUUUUGAUUUGUUUAACACUUUUUUGGUUACUACAUGAUUACGUAUGUGUUAUUCUAUAGUUUUGAUGUCUUCACUAUUAUUCUACAAUGUAGAAAAUAGUAAAAAUAAAGAAAACCCCAAGAAUGAGUAGGUGUUCUAAAACUUUUGACCGGUAGCCUAUAUUUUAAGACUAAGUGAAUACCUUACCAUUUUACUGUUUCUGAAUAAAACUAUUUUGUUUAUGUCUUAAUUUAAUAGGAAACAAAGAUUGUGAGGAUGACCAUUCUGAGAACACUGGAAAUAGAACUUCUACACUAAAAGGUUCUCCUUAUAUGGUGUUUAUUACCUUGGGCAUAAGGAACUUUGAAUACAUAUGAUAUUAAUGGAGAUUAAUGUUUUUGUGUGUACAGGAAAUGUGAAGGAGAGGAUAAAGCUGAUUAACAAGUGGGAUGCAGAUGCAAACAGGAAACAGCACACUGCACCAGCUGGAAGGAUUUUCUUUCCAACAAAAAGUGGGGGUCACAUCCCUCUGGACAGACAGAAUGACAGGCUCUCAGACAGACAGACAGGUGAUUUUAUCUCCCAUGGCAGACAGGUUAAACAGAAUACUCAAUAUUGAGACUGACAAUGACAUAAUAAGUAAUGUUGUCAAUAAGUCAAAUGUGUCUAUAUAAUAGUGUUUGUGUAGUCAUGUAUCAAAUCAAAUUGUAUUGGCCACAUACGCCCAAUACAACAGGUGUAGACAUUACAGUGAAAUGCUUACUUACAGCCCUUAACCAACAAUGCAUUUAUUUUUUUAUAAAAAAAGUAAAAUAAAACAAACAAAAAAAAGUGUUGAGGAAAAAAGAGCAGAAGUAAAAUAAAAUAACAGUAGGGAGACUACAUAUACAGGGGGGUACCGGUGCAGAGUCAAUGUGCAGGGGGCACCGGCUAGUUGAGGUAGUUGAGGUAAUAUGUACAUGUGGGUGGAGUUAAAGUGACUAUGCAUAAAUAAUUAACAGAGUAGCAGCAGCGUAAAAAGAUGGGGUGGGGGUGGGGAUGGGGAUGGGGGGGCAGUGCAAAUAGUUUGGGUAGCCAUGAUUAGCUAUUCAGGAGUCUCAUGGCUUGGGGGUAGAAGCUGUUGAGAAGUCUUUUGGACCUAGACUUAGCACUCCGGUACCGCUUGCCAUGCGGUAGCAGAGAGAACAGUCUAUGACUAGGGUGGCUGGAGUCUUUGACAAUUUUGGAGGGCCUUCCUCUGACACUGCCUGGUAUAGAGGUCCUGGAUGGCAGGAAGCUUGGCCCCAGUGAUGUACUGGGCCGUACGCACUACCCUCUGUAGUGCCUUGCGGUCGGAGGCUGAGCAGUUGCCAUACCAGGCGGUGAUGCAACCAGUCAGGAUGCUCUCGAUGGUGCAGCUGUAGAAUUCUUUGAGGAUCUGAGGACCCAUGACAAAUGUUUCAGUCUCCUGAGGGGGAAUAGGCUUUGUCGUGCCUUCUUCACGACUGUCUUGGUGUGUUUGGACCAUGAUAGUUAGUUGGUGAUGUGGACACCAAAGAACUUGAAGCUCUCAACCUGUUCCACUACAGCCCCGUCGAUGAGAAUGGGGGCGUGCUCAGUCCUCUUUUUUUUCCUGUAGUCCACAAUCAUCUCCUUUGUCUUGGUCACGUUGAGGGUGAGGUUGUUGUCCUGGCACCACACGGCCAGGUCUCUGACCUCCUCCCUAUAGGCUGUGUCAUCAUUGUCGGUGAUUAGGCGUACCAAUGUUGUGUUGUCUGCAAACUUAAUGAUGGUGUUGGAAUCGUGCCUCGCCAUGCAGUCAUGGGUGAACAGGGAGUACAGCAGGGGACUGAGCACACACCCCUGAGGGGCCCCAGUGUUGAGGAUCAGUGUGGCAGAUGUGUUGUUACCUACCCUUACCACCUGAGGGCGGCUCGUCAGGAAGUCCAGGAUCCAGUUGCAGAGGGAGUUGUUUAGUCCCAGGAUCCUUAGCUUAGUGAUGAGUUUUGAGGGCACUAUGGUGUUGAAUGCUGAGCUGUAGUCAAUGAAUAGCAUUCUCACGUAGGUGUUCCUCUUGUCCAGGUGGGAAAGGGCAGUGUGGAGUGCAAUAGAGAUUGCAUCAUCUGUGGAUCUGUUGGGGCGGUAUGCAAAUUGAAGUGGGUCUAGGGUUUCUGGGAUAAUGGUGUUGAUGUGAGCCAUGACCAGCCUUUCAAAGCACUUCAUGGCUACAGACGUCAGUACUACGGGUCGGUAGUCAUUUAGGCAGGUUAUCUUAGUGUCCUUGGGCACGGGGACUAUGGUGGUCUGCUUGAAACAUGUUGGUAUUACAGACUCAGUCAGGGACAGGUUGAAAAUGUCAGUGAAGACACUUGCCAGUUGGUCAGCACAUGCUCGGAGUACACGUCCUGGUAAUCCGUCUGGCCCUGCGACCACAUUGGCUACUGAGAGCGUGAUCACAUAGUCAUCCGGAACAGCUGGUGCUCUCAUGCAUGCUUCAGUGUUGCUUGCCUCGAAGCGAGCAUAGAAGUGGUUUAGCUCGUCUGGAAGUCUUGUGUCACUGGGCAGCUCGCUGCUGUGCUUCCCUUUGUAGUCCGUAAUAGUUUUCAAGCCCUGCCACAUCCGACGAGUGUCAGAGCCGGUGUAGUACGAUUCAAUCUUAGUCCUGUACUGACUCUUUGCCUGUUUGAUGGUUCGUCGGAGCGCAUAGCGGGAUUUCUUAUAAGCGUCCGGGUUAGAGUCCAGCUCCUUGAAACCGGCAGCUCUACCCUUUAGCUCAGUGCGGAUGUUGCCUGUAAUCCAUGGCUUCUGGUUGGGGUAUGUACGUACGGUCACUGUGGGGAUGACGUCAUCGAUGCACUUAUUGAUGAAGCCAGUGACUGAUGUGGUGUACUCCUCAAUGCUAUCUGAAGAAUCCUGGAACAUGUUCCAGUCUGUGCUAGCAAAACCUAUAGCUUAGCAUCUGCGUCAUCUGACCACUUUUUCAUUCUCAUUCUGUUUCAAUGACAGAGACAGAGCCAGUACAGGACAAGCCCACCCCGGCUCAAUCAGACCUAGUCACACCAGACCCUACCCCGGCCCAACCAGACCCAGUCACACCAGACCCCAUCCUGGCCCAACCAGACCCAGUCACACCAGUGCCCACCCCGGCCCAACCAGACCCAGACCCAGUCACACCAGACCCCACCCCGGCCCAACCAGACCCAGUCACACCAGACCCCACCCUGGCCCAACCAGACCCAGUCACACCAGUGCCCACCCCGGCCCAACCAGACCCAGUCACACCAGUGUCCAACCCGGCCCAACCAGACCCAGUCACACCAGUGCCCACCCCGGCCCAACCAGACCCAGUCACACCAGACUCCACCCCGGCCCAACCAGACCCAGUCACACCAGACCCCACCCUAGCCCAACAAGACCCAGUCACACCAGUGUCCACCCCGGCCCAAACAGACCCAGUCACACCAGUGCCCAUCCCGUCCCAACCAGAUCUAGUCACACCAGACUCCACCCUGGCCCCAACCAGACCCAGUCACACCAGUGCCCACCCCGGCCCAACCAGACCUAGUCACACCAGACUCCACCCCGGCCCAACCAGACCUAGUCACACCUGUGGCCACCCUGGCCCAACCAGACUUAAUCACACCAGACCCCACCCUGGCUCAACCAGACCUAGUCACACCAGAACCCACCCUGGCCCAACCAGACUUAGUCACAACAGAGCCUGUGCCAGCCCAACCGGGUCCAAUCACAACAGAGACAGCUCCAGGCCAAAUAGACCCAAGAACAAGAGAGACAGCUCCAGGCAAAACAGACCCAAGAACAAGAGAGAUGGCUCCAGGCAAAACAGACCCAAGAACAAGAGAGACGGCUCUAGGCCAAACAGACCCAAGAUCAAGAGAGACGGCUCCAGGAAAAACAGACCCAAGAACAAGAGAGAUGGCUCCAGGCAAAACAGACCCAAUAACAAGUGAGACGGCUCCAGGCAAAACAGACCCAAGAUCAAGAAGGACGGCUCCAGGACAACCAGACCCAAGAACAAGAAAACGGCUCCAAAGCAAACAGACCCAAUAACAAAAGAGAAGGCUCCAGGCAAAAACAGACCCAAGAACAAGAAAGACAGCUCCAGGCAAAAACAGACCCAAGAACAAGAGAGACGGCUCCAGGCAAAACAGACCCAAGAACAAGAGAGAUGGCUCCAGGCAAAACAGACCCAAGAACAAGAGAGACCGCUCCAGGCCAAAACAGACUCAGUAGACACAACAGAGACAGCUCCAGGCAAAACAGACCCAAUAACAAGAGAGACGGCUCCAGGCCAAACAGACCCAAUAACAAGAGAGACGGCUCCAGGCAAAACAGACCCAAGAACAAGAGAGACGGCUCCAGGCCAAACAGACUCAGCAGGCACAACAGAUCCCGCCACGGCCCAAAAAGACCCAGGCACAACAAGACCUGAAGAAGUUAAUCUAGGCACAAACACACCAACACCCAAAGGGGCUCCACUAAAUGCAGAAACAGAAAAACAGGGUAGACAGGUGGAUGCAAAGAACAAGGUGGACGUUGGGAAGGAUGGAGAGACAAACCACAACCAAGGGAUUGGAAAGAGGGAAAGCAGAAGGUGGAACUGGAAAAAAAAGAAUAAGGGAGAGGAGCUGGGGGCAAUUGUUGGAGAGAUGGACAAACAGAUAGAAGAAAAAGAUAAAGAUGUGGGAAAAGACCUCAGACAGAAGCAAGGUGGAGAAGAUACAGAGCUGGAUAGAGAGAAUAGAGGAGAGGGGUGUCGUGUAUGACGACUCUUUUAGAGGAACAAAGAAAAUAAUGUUUAUCUUAGUUCAAAAGUAGACCGUUUGUGGGGUGACGCCCCAGGGGAGACUGGUGAUUGGACGAAAGAGGGAGCAACCCAUAUUUUGGCUUUGUUUAUAAGUAUGAGCUAGACAAAGAGGGGGUCAGAAGCAUUCAGAUUAUUUUGGGACGGUGCUUCUCCAGACACCGCGGGUCUGUAAACUUGUGAUACGAAUAAAAACUUCUAGUCAAGGUGCAGCCUAAGCGGACUCUUUGUUUGACAGCAAUAACCACCAACAGCCGACACGACACAAUGGAGGCUCCGCUGAGAUUGGCCUGCAACUUCCCUUUGUUUCAUUCAUGAGCAGCGAGGUGACUACCGCUCAAGCCGGCUAAAAAAGGUGAGAUUCCUCACAAAUUAUUGGGCAUUAGUUGUUUGGCUGGCUUGUGAAUGUGCGCUGGUGAAGGUGUACCAUGUAAAUUACUUGGGAUUGUGCUGAUGUGGUGCUAUUGCGGUCGACUAAGGGUCUGUCAUAAUUAUUCUAAAAUUGUACAGCAAUUGAAGGCAGAAUAUUAACGGCAGAUAUUAAAAGGCAGAUAUGCGUAUACAUUUAGGGCAUUGUGAAUCUGGAAAGACCUCGAAACGAGGCCAUCAUAUAGGAUGGGUCCCUAAUCCUGAUUAUGCAUUCGGUGUUUCAGUUAGUUCUGGGAACUAUGAGGUGGACGGUUAUAUUGUAAGUUAUUCUCAUCUUGUAGCCGACGGGGUAUCUGCUUGGGGUAACCGCUCAUAUAAUAUCCAUUCUCACGGCAGCAUAAAGUUAGCAGGGGAUAAAUGUAUUUAGGCACAUGCAGGGUUUCUUGUACUUUUGCACGCCACAUGAUAAAUGCUAAUGCUAAUGCUAAUGCUGGAUUGUGUUUCAUGCCACAUUGUACAUAACGGCUAAUGCUAAUUGUGUUGCGUGCUACAUGCUAACGGGUGUCCUUAGGGGUCCCAUUGCGAUGGAUAACCCCUCUUAAAAUGUUUUUUGUUGUGUGUAAAUUCAGAGUUCUACGCAAAUGGAGCUUUGUAAGGGGAAUCGUUUGUUUAAAAGGUUUAAAAAAAUAGUGGGGGUUUUGUAGGGGGAACCUGGGCGUUCUUUUGUUGGGAACCCGGUAAUAGUUAAAUUUUUUUGCGCAGCUUUUAAAUUUUACGAAAACUCCACAAAAAGGGGGGGUUUGGAUUUUAUGGCACGGUUUUUAUGAGCCCUUUGGGUUUUUUACUUUACAAAAAACCUAAAAACAAAGGGGAUUGGGGUUUUUUAAAAGUGUCAAAAUUUCUGGGGGUUUGGGCGCGUUUGAAGGGGGAGACGGGAAAAAAUAGCCAAGAAAAAGAAAAUUUUGGGGACAGGGGAAUCUUUUUGGGGGUUAAAGCGGCUGUGGUUUUGAAAUGAAACUUUUUGGGGAGAUGUUAAAUUUUAUAUAAAUUGAUUAUGUUGAGGGUUUAUUUUAAAAUAAAAUGCCAUUAAAUAAAAAUGUUUGUAAAGUGAUCUUUUUUAGCCCUUUGAUUUAAGUCUUAGAGCGAAUGUGAGUGGGGGAAUAUUGAAUAUGGUUGAAAUAACUCAGUGAUUGCAUUAACUACUAAAAUCUUUUUCUGUGUCUCUGUUCUUUUGUCAUAUGAGAGGAGCAAUAGGACGAGACGACAGGGAGAGAGAGAGAGAAAGAGAGGGGGUGCUGACGUACACGUCACGUGACGCGACAGAGGAUCGAGUCAAAAGGUUUCUUUGGUACUGUUAUGUUUACAAAAUCUUCCCCUACAGGAUAUUUGAUGUUAUGACAAUUUCACAUAGGCUUGGCAAAUACUGAUUCAUUAAAAUUGCAUUUGGGAGGCUCUGUUCAUCACUUGGGUUUGAUUACAGUUGUGUUGGAAAUCGAGUACUGACAUUAUUCUGUACAAAUUAAGAUAAUUAGGUGCUUAUUAGAGCAAGGGGGUUUAUGGGAAUUGUAGUGAUGGUAGGGUUAGAGGCUUUGUUUUUAGGAUUGUAGUCUGAAGUUGACUACUUGCAUUUUCUUUCCUGAUGGGUUGUGGUAAGAUAGCCACUAAUUGAUAAAUUGGUAGGAUAGGAUAUAGAAAUACAAAAUUGAUUUUAAUUGUUCAUAAUUUUUAAUUGAUUUUUUAUUUUAAUUAGAAAUGGUUUUUGAAUAAAAAAUUUAAUUGAAUUUUUUCAUAUUCAUAUUUUUAUCGAUUGAUUUAUAUUAAUAAUUAAAGGGGGGAAGCCAUAGGCUAUAUAGUCUAAAAUAAAAUAAUUAACAAUAAAGGAAUAUAAAAGAGUAGUUACAAUGGGGAGAAAGGACAGCAAGGCUAUGAAAAGUCAUUACACCGGUUGAUAUAGUUGAGAAUAGUAAUCCUUUAGUUAAGGGUAUUGCGAGGUUAUCCGGCAAAUGGAACAAACGUUGGCCUGACAUUGAACAACCAUGGCCAGUGGAAGGGACUCUUAGCCCUGACGUCAUCAACAUCAUGAAAGUGCUUCUGUCAAUUUACAAGGCAGAUCAGAAGAAGGGAAGAAAGGCAACAGAAAAACUAAUGGCAGAAGUUAGUACACCUUUCUCACAUACGGAUUCAGCAAAGACACCCACCUUAUGAGAAGGAAGUAGAGCUUAGGGAUGUUUAUCCUCAGCUUCCAGUGAUCCUCCAGCAGGGUGAUUAUUGCAUCAGAGAUGAAGAUGAACGAAUAAUAGAUAGAGGACAAGCAGAAACGACAAUGAAGAUGAAUCCAAAACUCCAGAAGUAAGAAAGCCGAGAUGUCUGGAAACUAAGAGAAGAAUGAUGUUCGGAAAGAUGAGGAUGAAAGUAACAGAAGAGAAGAAAAAACUGCUGAGAAAAGGAUCCCAAGAAUUGGAGGAGAAGAAUACAUUGAGGUCAAGGAAAGGCCAAUAGUAGGAAGAUGAUGGAAGAUGAUAUUUCGAGGACAGAACUUAGAAUAUAAGCUGUUGAAGAAUCCUGAUAUGUCAACAACAAAGAACAGGACGAAGAAACUCUCAAAAAACUCAAUCAUACAACUGGUGAGAAGGGAGAAGAGAAGCUUUGGUUAUGAAGAAUCAGAGUGAACCAAAUCAACAAUCACUGUUACAGCUUCAACUGAACAAGAUCAAAUGCAAUUGUACUAGCCAAGGGGGGGUACCAGGUGUUUCAUACCCACAGCAGUUUCUGGACAGACACAGAAUUGGAGAGGAAGAGGACGAGAAGGCUUAGAAGGAGGAGGGAAGAUUUUCAGCUACACUUCCAGCAACUUUCAGAAGACUGUUAUAAUUAUGGACAGGUUGGUCACUUUACCUGUGAGUGCAAUAAGUCAGGAGGAAACAUCAGAGGGAAUUUCAGAGGAAGAUACAGAAGCCAGUCAAGAUCAUCUGGAGGACAGGUGAACCCCUACAGGGGUCCGGAGUAAGGAUUCUAGAGUGCCUAGAAGAUACGAAGGGGGGUGUCAGCUGAUAGUCAGCUGUCAGUCUGUUGUCUGGACCUAUGGCAGUCUCUAUGGGGGUUGCCACAGGGUUCAAUUCUUGGGCCGACACUUUUCUCCGUGUAUAUCAAUGAUGUCGCUCUUGCUGCUGGUGACUCUCAGAUCCACCUCUACGCAGACGACACCAUUUUGUAUACAUCUGGCCCUUCAUUGGACACUGUGUUAACAAAACCUCCAAACGAGCUUCAAUGCCAUACAACAAUCCUUCAGUAGCCUUCAACUGCUCUUAAACACUAGUAAAACUAAAUGCAUGCUUUUCAAUCGAACGCUGCUAGCACCCGCCCACCCGACUAGAAUCACCACUCUCGACGGGUCUGACCUAGAGUAUGUGGACAAACUACAAAUAUCUAGGUGUCUGGUUAGACUGUAAACUCAACUUCCAGACUCACAUAAAGAAUCUCCAAUCCAACGUUAAAUCUAGAAUCGGCUUCCUAUUUCGCAACAAAGCCUCCUUCACUCAUGCUGCCAAACAUGCCCUCGUAAAACUGACUAUCCUACCGAUCCUUGACUUCGGCGAUGUCAUUUACAAAAUAGCCUCCAACACUCUACUCAGCAAAUUGGAUGUAGUCUAUCACAGUGCCAUCCGUUUUGUCUCCAAAGCCCCAUACACUACCCACCACUGUGACCUGUACGCUCUUGUUGGCUGGUCCUCACUACAUGUUCGUCGUCAAACCCCACUGGCUCCAGGCCAUCUAUAAAUCACUGCUAGGCAAAUCCCCCGCCCUAUCUUAGCUCAUUGGUCACCCAUAGCAGCACCCACCCGUAGUCUGCGCUCCAGCAGGUAUAUCUCACUGGUCAUUCCCAAAGCCAACACCUCCUUUGGCCCGCCAUUCCUUCCAGUUCUCUGCUGCCAAUGACUGGAACGAAUUGCAAAAAUCUCUGAAGCUGGAGACUCUUUAUCUCCCUCAAUAACUUUAAGCAUCAGUUGUCAGAGCACCUUACCGAUCACUGCACUUACACAGCCCAUCUGAAAUUAGCCCACCCAACUACCUCAUCCCUAUAUUGUUAUUUAAUUUGCUCUUUUGCACCCCAGUAUCUCUAUUUGCACAUAAUCUCUUGCACAUCUAGCAUUCCAGUGUUUAAUACUAUUGUAAUUAUUCUGCACUAUAGCCCAUUUAUUGCCUUACCUCCAUAACUUGCUACAUUUGCACACACUGUAUAUAUAUUUUCUGUUGUAUUUUCUGACUUUAUGUUUUUUUUUCUUUACCCCAUAUGUAACUCUGUGUUGUUUUUAUUGCACUACUUUGCUUUAUCUUGGCCAGGUCGCAGUUGUAAAUGAGAACCUGUUCUCAACUGGCUUACCUGGUUAAAUAAAGGUGAAAUAAAUAAAUAAAAUAAAAUAGCCACCGAUUAGAGAAGAAGGGAAAAUAUCACACAAUUGAAGUAAAAACAGAGGACUAUGAGAAGUGAUAGUGAAUAGUGGAAAAACUUUUAUCUGUGUUCAGCCUAAAGAGGUUAAACAUCUCACUAUGUAAAAUUAAAUAAUUAGGAUAGGGAUUUGAGGUAGUAAAACAGUUAAUUACUCUUAAGGAACCAAUUGAGCUCUGCUAUAAAACUCAAAGAGAAAUUAAAAUAGACAUACUAAUAUUAGAACAUAUACCUAUUGCAGUGUUGGGAAGAGAUGCAUUGUUUAAAUUGAUUGUACAAUAAGAUGUACACUAGACGACUGUCUGGUAGAGGAUUUAAAAGUAGGGUUUUUGGGAAUCAUAUUGGCUUAAAAAGAUAAUAUCAUAGGAAGGAUGAUAAUCUAUUAGGACUGCCUAUUAGACAAUCUGUCUGAAAAAUAAGUUAAAAGGGGUGACUGUUAUUCUGGGUUACAUUCUUACACCAAGAGAUUUCAGGCUAGGCUAAAAGGUGUUUAGUCGUUUGCCAAGUCUGUGUGUAAAGAAGUCAUCACAUAUUCUAAAAAUUGGUGGUAAAGAUUUUGUGAAUAAAUCAGUGGAAAAGGUUUUUAAAGGUUAGGAGAAAAGAUUAGAUAAAAAAAGUUAGGAGAACUAGAGUUAUUGGGAAGAUAAAUAUGGUAGAGUUUAGAUCUGUUAGGAGCAGAUGCGUUGCUAAAUGAUAAGAGAAGAUUGAGGGUGAUUGAGUAUCUAUACUUACAGGUCCCAGCAGGAAGAUCAAGGUAAUUGUGGGUGUAUUUUUUAUAAUCAGAAGUUUGAAAGUCAGGGAUUAGAGGUAGACUGAGAGUUGAAAAAGUGACACUAGUGGUGAUAGAUGGAAGUACAAGCAAAGAGUUUCAAAGCUUUUGGGGGAAAAUGGAUGAAGUAACAACAAUGACAUCAACACUUCAGUCUAUUAUAACAACAGUGAGAAGCAAUCUAACUCUUUCAACAUUGAUAGUUAUUAAAGCCAUAAAUAUAUCGCAUUUGAUUAUAAGGGAACCAAUGCUCCAGCACCAAUUUUAGGGGGAAAAAAAUACUUAUGGGGUUAGGAUGGGGACGUUCCUCCCACAUGGAGAGAUAAUUAUGGAGAAGAAGUAUUGUUAUCAGGACCAGAUGUAGAAGCUGUUGCACCUAGUCAAAGGAAGUAUAGUUGUACAACAAUAUGAAGGGGAAGAGGGUUAUGAGUGAUUGUUCACUUAUUUUGCGUAAUGUUACAGAGAAAGAUCAGGGAGAGAGAAUAUAUGUGUACUUAUCUAGUGCAAGCAUUAAAAUUUGUUCCGCUUAAGAAUUAUUGGUUAAAAGGCUAUGUAAUUCAUAAAGUGACGCUUAUAAUGGAAGAUUUGAAGUCUGUUGAAGUUUCCACAGUCACCAAGGAGUUCAGGAAGAAUAUGUUACAGUAGUCACUCCAACAGUAAAUAAUGCACAUAGGUAACGGUAGCUUUCCCACUAGAAAAAAAAAAAAAAAUUAAUUUUCAUCAACUAAAACAAAAUACUUUAAAGGUAACUUUUGGGAAAGGGGUUAAGGGGGCGAUGGGAAAAAGCAAAUGUAGGAAGUAUUACACCCCCCCGACAAAAAACUUUUCUGAAAUAAAGGGGGGGUAGCAAGGAGACUGGGGUUUUUUUGAUACGGGGGAGAGGUGUCAAUAUAGAUUCCUCUGAAAAAGUGAAAGGAAAACUAUCAGGGGGGUUUCAGGAUGAGGUUUUGAAAUUUUAAAGACAGACAAAGGGGAAGGUAAAUUUUAAACAUUACAGCUGUUAGGGGGGGGGGAAAUAAAAUUUUGGGUGGGUUUAUUCUUUGGUUUUUUGGGAAAAAUUAAAAGAUAGAUGGGCGGUAGGGGAAACUUUGGUUCCAAGUUAACUCAUUCGUAAGACAGUGAGGAAAACUUUUAGGGUCCCUGUCCUUUUUGAGAAUUCCAGCACCAAAAGUUUUGGGGUUUUUAAAAUUUUUGAGACGGUCCCCCCUCAAACCCCUAUCAAGUGGGUCCCGUCUUAUUGUUUGUCAUGGUGUUGUAAUUUGCAAGGCAUUGACAAUAAAGUAAUGUUUUUUAAAAAAUUUGUUUGUAAAAAAAGCAAACCUAGGGUUUUGGUGUUCUUUGGUUUUUAAAAUUUAAUUUCCCCUGUGAAAGGUUUUGGAUGGUAAGGAAAAUGGAAAAGCAAACCCCGAAAAUUGGAGGUGAAACCGGGGGGCUAAAAAAGGGGGUUUUUUCUAAAAAACUAUGGGUAAGGGGUUUUUUAAAGGGGCUAUUUAAUUGUUAUGAGUAAAAUGAUUUAACUUUGGGUAUGCAUGACCUUAAGGGUAGUAAUGAGAAAUAUAAUUUUACUUUUUAUGUUCCAGUUAGUAAGAAAAGCAGGACUUUGAUGGUUAAAAGAUUAGCUUUUGCCUGACAAUGUGACUAUUGGGAAUGUUAGAGAUAUUUAGAGGGUUUGUGGUGAUAAAGCAUAUAUAUUACCCUAUGGAUGGACAGGAUGUUGUUACAUGUCAACGUUGAAGCUUCCAUAUGAGGCUUUACCAUUAAAAGAGGGGUAGCACCGGACACGAUAAAUCUGAAGCUAGGUUUGGAAAUAGGAUGAAAAGAGACAUGGCGACAUGUCAUAGUCUUCAAGCCUAUCAUUGAAGGAUAAGGCUAAGAGAGAAGGGGGACUUUUCCAUGGUAUGGUGUAACAUUUGGGAAGAUCAUAUUGAUAAUAUUAGUUAUACUUGAGUCCAGAUAGUUCAGAUAUUAUCACUAGGGUUAUAUAUGCCAUUGGAAGUCGGGACUACGGGGAGAUGAAGUGUAGUGGACUACAUUCCAGUGUCUGCAAUGAAAUAUAGACAUAUUUGCAUGUGUAAUACAUAAUGUGUGUCAUAGUCUUAGGUAUUAAUUUUUGUAGAAGGAUAUUUGAUGUUAUUGAAUCAAUGUGAGGAUCUUAGAUGUUUUGUUUAUUUCGUUGAUGCUUAGGGACAGGGAAGUCUAGGCAGGGAGAGGUCCACUGUAGGAUCCGAUGGGUUGACCAGCCUUAGAGUGGACAUUUUUUGGAUAGUAUUUUGUUUGCAGGGGCUUACAUGUGUAUUUAAUUGCAUCAUAGUUUCAAAUGCAUUUACAUUGUUUAUGAGUUUAUCUGGAGUAUCUAGGUGGUUGCCUGGGGCAGAGGAACCGUGAGAGAAUUUUUACUGUCUUGAUUGAUGGAUGGAUAUCUGGAAAGAUGGCUGCCGGACAGUUUUUCGCUCUUACACUCCAUAAAGAUUUGUUCAUAUUUCAUAGUAAUGUAUUCACACUCCAUAAAGAUUUGUUCAUAUUUCAUAGUAAUGUAUUCACACUUCAUAAACAUUUAUUCAUAUUUCAUAGAAAGGUAUUUACACUCUAGAGGAGAAUGUUUUUGGUUUAAUGUUAAAGAUACUCAAUAAGAUAAAUUGUUACUUGUCAUAAUCCUAUUCUGUUUGGUUUCGAGACUUUUAGUUAGUCUCGAAGGGGGGAUAUGUCGUGUAUGACGAUUAUGACUAUUUUAGAGGAACAAAGAAAAGAAUGUUUAUCUUAGUUCAAAAGUAGCCGUUUGUGGGGUGACGCCCCAGGGGAGACUGGUGAUUGGACGAAAGAGGGAGCAACCCAUAUUUUGGCUUUGUUUAUAAGUAUGAGCUAGACAAAGAGGGGGUCAGAAGCAUUCAGAUUAUUUUGGGACGUUGCUUCUCCAGACACCGCGGGUCUGUAAACUUGUGAUACGAAUAAAAACUUCUAAUCAAGGUGCAGCCUAAGCGGACUCUUUGUUUGACAGCAAUAACCACCAACAGCCGACACGACAGGGGGAAUGUUGCAAACCCAAAGAUAAAGAACGAAGGAGAAAGGACAGUACACAGCAGACCACAAAGACAAGAACCAGACAAAUCAACACACAUAGGAGGACAACCAGGAUACCCAGUCAGGGGAACCAGCCAGGGGAGUAGAGACAGAAUAAUGAGGUGGAAGAAUAAGGGAAAGGGCAAAGAGGAAGUAAUAAAGAGACUGAGAGGAGAAAGAUAAAAGAAAAGAGAACAGAGAUGGAAAAUGGACCACAAUAGAGGUAUUGAUGCAAACACAGAGGAUGAGAGGGGAAAUGAAGGAGAGAUGGAGGAGGAAGGGGAAGAGGAGAAGGAACCAGACACAGAGAAAGAUGAUACCAACCAGACAUCCACCCAGAGUCAUGAGGAGAUGGAUGAGACACCCAUCAGCACAUAA